AGCUCCGCCCCUGUACCACAGCUGCCAUUUUGGUUUUGUUCCGUUCGCUGAAACAAAACCAGAAACGCGAUACAGGCAGGCAGCAGACUGAACGACACAGUGACUCGGCAGGAUAGUGAAGGGGGCUUUCUCACAGCAUCUCGCCCAGCGCUGUUCGUGCUGUUGCUGUCCGUUUUCUCCUCGCAUCUACAUCAGCCCACAAUCCGCACCAUCUAAGUUAGUUUCACACGAGGAGCGGUUUGCUGACACUGAGAGUGGACUGAGAAGGAUUAUUGAUGUCCAGCUCGCCGCUGUCCAAGAAGCGUCGCGUGUCAGGAUCAGAGACGAAGACGGGAUCCCACUGCUCCUCCUCUAACUCUGUCAGAACCGAACUGUCCCACACACCAGCUAACGGCAUGGCUAAGAAUGGAAAUGAUGCUGAGAUCGACGAGGGUCUGUACUCCAGACAGCUGUACGUACUGGGCCAUGAUGCUAUGAAGCGCAUGCAGAGCUCCAAUGUUCUGAUCUCAGGGAUGCGAGGUUUGGGUGUAGAAAUAGCCAAGAAUGUAAUUCUGGGCGGAGUCAAGAGCGUCACCCUGCAUGACCAGGGCGUGGCCGAGUGGAGGGACCUUUCAUCACAGUUUUACCUCCGUGAAGAGGAUCUUGGGAAGAACCGUGCAGAUGUCAGUCAGACUCGACUGGCAGAACUGAACAGCUAUGUGCCUGUAACCUCCUACACUGGCACCCUCACCAACGAAUACCUGACCCAGUUUCAGGUUGUUGUGCUCACCAACUCUAGCCUCGAUGAGCAGACACGCAUCGGGGAAUUCUGCCACAGUGAUGGCAUCAAGUUGAUCGUAGCAGACACACGUGGGCUGUUUGGGCAACUAUUCUGUGAUUUUGGGGAGGAAAUGUUAGUGUUUGACACCAAUGGUGAGCAGCCGUUGAGCGCCAUGAUCUCAAUGAUCACAAAGGACAGCGCUGGUGUGGUUACGUGUCUGGAUGAAGCACGACAUGGAUUUGAGAGUGGAGACUACGUCACUUUCACAGAAGUGCAGGGCAUGACAGAGCUCAAUGGUUGUGAACCAGUAGAGAUCAAGACACUGGGUCCUUACACCUUCAGCAUCUGUGACACAAGCUCAUUCUCGGACUAUGUGAGAGGUGGUAUUGUCACGCAAGUGAAGAUGCCUAAGAAAAUUGCCUUUAAAUCCCUGCCCUCCUCCAUGGCCGAACCAGAGUUCAUGCUGACUGAUUUUGCCAAAUUUGAUCGUCCAGGCCAACUGCACGUGGGCUUUCAGGCGCUACAUGCAUUUGAGAAGAAGCACAGUCGUCUACCGAAGCCCUGGAGUCAGUCGGAUGCGGACGAGUUUGUGACUCUGGCUGAAGAGGUGAACGCUGCACAGACCGGAUCUGCCAAGCAGGAGCAGCUGGACCAGGCAAUCAUCAAAAAACUGUCCUGCAUGGCUGCUGGAGACCUGGCACCCGUCAAUGCCUUUAUUGGUGGGCUUGCUGCCCAGGAGGUUAUGAAGGCCUGCACAGGGAAGUUUAUGCCCAUCAUGCAGUGGCUGUAUUUUGAUGCUGUGGAGUGCUUACCUGAGGCUGAGGAUGUCGUUCUUACAGAGGAAGAGUGUGCACCUAGGAAUUGCCGGUAUGAUGGCCAGAUUGCUGUCUUUGGAUCCAAGCUGCAGGAGCUGUUAGCCAAACAGCGAUAUUUUCUGGUUGGUGCUGGAGCCAUUGGCUGUGAGCUGCUGAAAAACUUUGCCAUGAUGGGCUUGGCGAGCGGUGAUGGGGAGGUCAUAGUCACUGACAUGGACACCAUAGAGAAGUCCAAUCUCAAUCGACAGUUCCUCUUCAGGCCCUGGGAUGUCACGAAGAUGAAGAGCGAGACCGCCGCUGCAGCCGUGAAGCAGAUGAACCCGACAGUCCGAAUCACAGGCCAUCAGAACCGUGUAGGGCCGGACACAGAGAAGGUUUAUGAUGAUGACUUCUUUGAAAGCCUUGAUGGAGUGGCAAAUGCUCUUGACAAUGUAGAUGCCCGUAUGUAUAUGGACCGGAGAUGUGUGUACUACCGUAAGCCAUUGCUGGAGUCUGGUACUCUAGGCACCAAAGGGAAUGUGCAGGUGGUCAUUCCCUUCCUGACAGAGUCAUACAGCUCCAGCCAGGAUCCUCCAGAAAAGUCCAUUCCUAUCUGCACACUCAAAAACUUCCCUAAUGCAAUCGAACACACCCUCCAGUGGGCUCGUGAUGAGUUUGAGGGACUUUUCAAGCAGCCUGCUGAAAAUGCCUUGCAGUAUCUGACAGACCCAAAGUUUAUGGAGCGCACGCUGAAGCUCCCUGGAGCUCAGCCGUUGGAGGUGCUGGAGGCAGUAUACAAGAGCCUGGUGACAGACAAACCACGCAACUGGGAGGACUGUGUAGCUUGGGCUCGCAACCACUGGCAGUGUCAAUAUAACAACAACAUCCGUCAGCUACUGCACAAUUUCCCCCCAGACCAGCUUACCAGCUCUGGGGCGCCAUUCUGGUCCGGCCCAAAAAGAUGUCCUCAUCCAUUAGAAUUCAGCACUAACAAUGAUCUUCACAUGGACUACAUUAUGGCAGCAGCUAACUUAUAUGCCCAGUCAUAUGGCCUGCCGACCUCAACUGACCGCCCGGCUCUGACCAAGCUGCUGCAAGAAAUUAAAGUGCCUGAGUUCACACCCAAGUCAGGAGUCAAGAUCCACGUGUCUGAUCAGGAGCUGCAGAGUGCCAAUGCAUCAGUCGGUAAGAGAAGAGAUGACUCUAGGCUUGAAGAACUGAAGACACUGUUGCCUUCUGUAGAAGCGACUUCUCAGUUCAAGCUCUGUCCCAUUGACUUUGAAAAGGACGAUGACACAAACUUCCAUAUGGACUUCAUUGUAGCGGCUUCUAAUCUGAGAGCAGAGAACUAUGACAUUCCUCCUGCAGAUAGACAUAAGAGCAAGCUCAUUGCUGGAAAAAUCAUUCCAGCCAUCGCCACGACGACAGCUGCUGUGGUGGGUCUUGUGUGUCUGGAGCUGCUGAAGAUUGUUCAGAAACACAAGAAGCUUGAGUCCUACAAGAACGGCUUCAUGAACCUUGCUCUACCUUUCUUUGCCUUCUCUGAGCCCAUAGCUGCCCCCAAGCACAAGUACUACGAAAUUGAUUGGACGCUUUGGGACCGUUUCGAGGUGAAGGGCAUUCAGCCCAAUGGAGAGGAAAUGACACUCCGACAGUUCUUGGACUAUUUCAAGAAUGAACACAAACUGGAGAUCACUAUGCUCUCUCAGGGAGUUUCCAUGCUCUACUCUUUCUUCAUGCCCGCGGCCAAGCUUAAAGAAAGGCUGGAACUGCCGAUGACUGAGAUUGUGACCAAGGUGUCCAAGAAGAAACUGGGGAAGCAUGUUAAAGCACUAGUUUUUGAGCUCUGCUGCAAUGAUGACACAGAAGAGGAUGUCGAGGUCCCCUACGUCAGAUACACCAUCCGCUGAGAGGGCUGUUGGGGUAGGGAAGGGGACAUGUCGGAGGAGGGAGAGGGCGGCCCACUGGGAAUGGGGAGUAUCAGUAUGCUUGGAGAGCCCAAAGAGAAAUCAAUCUUUUUUUAUUUUAAUUUUUUUUUUUUUUUUAUUUAGUUACUGAAUAAUAUAAGAAUUAAAUCUCAAACACCCCCCUCUUUCUCUAUUGGUUGAGCUCUCUAGGGUAUGAAUUAAUCAGGCUGGUUAUCAUUUGGAAUAUGGGGAGCAUGUGAAUCUUUGGCUGUAACUUAUUUGAACUGGUUGUUGUAACACAGCUUCAGUGUAUGAAUUAAUCUGUACACCGAUUGUCACUCCCUCCCUCUCAAUCAUCUUUUUCGCACUGAUCUCUGUUUCUGUCCUCAUGAUACAUUUCUGGGCAGCACCAUGUUGCUUUGUAUUCUGGAGAAAAAUAUUGACUAAUGCCAAAAAAUGGAGUACAAAGGAAAAAUAUCAGUUAUGUUUGCUUAAUUUUUUUUCAAAUCGCUUCCUUGGCUUGAUGUCACGUUUAAAUGUAACUUGAAAUGCUCUUUUUGGCCAAGGUCUUGGAGCGAGUUGGUCCACUUACUGAACUCCUGCUCUCCCAUAGGCCCAGUGGGAACAUCCCUCUGCCUCUCUGGCUUCUGUAUGGGUUGGGUUCAGGAACUUGCACAUAACUUUUUUUUUUUUUUUUUUUCUCCCCAUUUUUUAAUUUUCUUUUUUUUUUUUCUUUUUUUUGGCAAACUUCUGGUGUACACCUUGUAGAACAUAAACUCUGUAUUCUUUCUACUUUGUUAAACUCCAAAAAAAAAAAAAAAAACAUUACAGUACAAAAAAGUGAUUUUACUCUGUAAUGGGAGCACUUAGUGUGUUAGUGAAUAAAGUUGAAAACAUUUCCUUGCUUUAUUGUCUUUUCUUUGCUAUUGUUGUUUUUAAAAUGUAUCUAUAAAGUUAAUAAAAAGAAUCUGCAGUUAAGCAAA